GAGAAUAUUUUCCCUUUUUUUUUUUAAAAAAAAUUGAGAUGGAAUCUCACUGUGUUGCCCAGGCUGGAGUAUAGUGGUGCAAUCUCGGUUCAUUGCAAGCUCUGCCAGCCGGGGUUCUAGUGAUUCUCUUGCCUCAGCCUCCUGAGUAGCUGAGACUAUAGGCAUGUGCCACCACACCCAGCUAAUUCUUUUUUCCUUUUUAAUUGUACUUUAAGUUCUGGGGUACAUGUGCAGAUCUUACAGGAUUGUUGCAUAGGUACACACAUGCCAUCGUGGUUUACUGUUUCCAUCCUCCCAUCAUCUACAUCAGGCAUUUCUCCCAAUAUUAUCCCUCCUCAACCUCCCCAUCCCCCGCUCUCCCUCCCCUAGCUCCCCACCCCACAACAGAUUCCAGUGUGUUUGACAUUUCCUUCCCUGUGCCCAUGUGUUCUCAUUGUUCAACACCUGCUAUGAGUGAGAUCAUGCGGUGUUUGGUUUUCUGUUCUUGUGUCAGUUUGCUGAGAAUGAGGUUUCCAAAUUCAUUCAUGUCCCUACAAAGGACAUGAACUCAUCCUUUUUUAUGGCUGCAUAGUAUUCAAUGUUGUGUAUGUGCCACAUUUUCUUUGUUCAGCCUGUCAUUGAUGGGCAUUUGGGUUAGUUCCAGGUCUUUGCUAUUGUAAACAGUGCCACAAUGAACAUAUGUGUGCAUGUGUCUUUAUAAUAGAAUGAUUUAUAAUCCUUUGGGUAUAUACCCAGUAAUGGGAUUGCUGGGUCAAAUGGAAUUUCUAUUUCUAGAUCCUUGAGGAAUCGCCACGCUGUCUUCCACAAUGGUUGAAGUUUACUCUCCCACAAACAAUGUAAAAGUUUUCCUAUUUCUCCACAUCCUCUCCAGUAUCUGUUGUCUCCACAUUUUUUAAUGAUCACCAUUCUAAGUGGCAUGAUAUGGUAUCUCAAUGUGGUUUUGAUUUGCAUUUCUCUAGUGACCAGUGAUGAUGAGCAUUUUUUUGUUUGUUUGUUGACCUCAUAAAUGUCUUGUUUUGAAAAAUGUCUGUUCAUAUCUUUCACACACUUUCAAAUGGGUUUGCUUGUUUUUUUCUUGUAAAUCUGCUCUAUAGUUCUUUGUAGAUUCUGGAUAUUAGCUCUUUGUCAGAUGGGUAGAUUGCAAAAAUGUUUUCCCAUUCUGUUGGUUGCUGGUUCUGAUGAUUGUUUCUUUUGCUCUGAAGAAACUCUUAAGUUUAAUUAGAUUCCAUUUGUCUGUUUUGGCUUUUGUUGCCAUUGCUUUUGGUGUUUUAGUCAUGAAGUCCUUGCCUAUGCCUAUGUCCUGAAUGGUUUUGCCUAGGUUUUCUUCUAGAGUUUUUAUGGUGUUAGAUCUUAUGUUUAAAUCUUUAAUCCAUCUGGAGUUAAUUUUAGUGUAAGGUGUAAUGAAGGAGUCCAGUUGCAGCUUUCUGCACAUGGCUAGCCAGUUUUCCCAUCACCAUUUAUUAAACAGGGAAUCCUUUCCCCAUUGCCUGUUUUUGUCAGGUUUGUCAAAGAUCAGAUGGUUGUAGAUGUAUGGCAUUACUUCCAAGGCCUCUGUUCUGAAAAAUAUGGAAUGCUUCACAAAUUUGCGUGUCAUCCAAUUUUAGCAUAUGUGCUGCUGAGGUGAGCACCUCCAGCUAAUUUUUUUGCAUUUUUAGUAGAGAUGCAUUUUGCCAUGUUGGCCAGGCUGCUCUCAAACUUCUGAUCUCAGGUGAUCCACCUGCCUCACCCUCCCAAAACUCUGGGAUUACAAGUGUGAGCCACUGCGCCCGGCCCAAAGAGAAUAUUUUCUAUUCCAGGUUUCUGAACAUCUCCUUGAACAAGUAAAUGUGAGCCAAGUUUGGGGAGUCACCUUAUCUUAAUGGCAUAUUAAAAUAGUGACAUCCAUAGUGAUGUGAGCUGAACAGUAAACCUUUUUCAUUUUUGUUUUUGAGACGGAGUCUUGCUCUGUUGUUGCCAGGUUAGAGCAUAGUGGCAAGAUCUUAGCUCACUGCAACUUCUGCCUCCCGGGUUCAAGCGAUUCUCCUGCCUCAGCCUCCCAAGUAGCUGGGACUACAGGUGCACACCACCAUGCCCAGCUAAUUUUUGUAUUUUUAGUAGAGAUGGGGUUUCACCGUGUUAGCCAGGAUGGUCUCCAUCUUUUGACUUCGUGAUCCACGCACCUCAGCCUCCCAAAUUGCUGGAAUUAGAGGUGUGCAACACCACACCAGGCCUUUUUUUUUUCUUCUUCUUUUUUGAGACUGGGUCUCACUCUCUCACUGAGGCUGGAGUGCAGUGGUAUGAUCUCAGCUCACUGCAACCUCCACUUCCCUAACUCAGGCAAUCAGUCCUCUCACCUCAACCUCCUGUGUAGUUGGGAUGACAGAUGCACACCACCACACCUGGUAAAUUUUUUGUGUUUUUUGGGCAGAGAACAGAGUUUUGCCAUGCUGGCUGGGUGUGGUGGCUCACACCUAUAAUCCCAGUACUUUGUGAGGCUGAGGUGGGUGGAUCACCUAAGGUCAGGAGUUCAAGACCAGCCUGGUUAACAUGGUGAAACUCCAUCUCUACUAAAAAUCCAAAAAUUAGCCGCGCAUGGUGGCAUGUGCUGGUAACCCCAGCUACUUGGGAGGCUGAGGCGGGAAAAUCACUUGAACCUGGGAGGCAGAAUUUACAGUGAGCUGAGGUGAUGCUACUGCACUCCAACCUUGGCUGCAGACCAAGACUUUGUCUCAAGAAAAAUAAUUUUGUCUUGUUGCCUAGGAUGCUCUUGAACUCCUUAGCUCAAGCAAUCCACCUGCCUCAGCCUCUGAAAGUAAUAGAAUUAAAAGGCGUGAGUCUGCGUCCAGCCUCUGAGCAGUAACUUUGAUGUUCUCAAAUAGCGAUGAAGCUGUAAUCAAUAAAAAACUUCCCAAAGAACUCCUGUUAAGGAUAUUUUCUUUUCUAGAUGUUGUUACCCUGUGUCGCUGUGCUCAGGUCUCCAGGGCCUGGAAUGUUCUUGCUCUGGAUGGCAGUAACUGGCAGCGAAUUGACCUAUUUGAUUUCCAGAGGGAUAUUGAGGGCCGGGUAGUGGAGAAUAUUUCAAAACGAUGUGGAGGCUUUUUACGAAAGUUAAGUCUUCGUGGAUGUCUUGGAGUGGGAGACAAUGCAUUAAGAACCUUUGCACAAAACUGCAGGAACAUUGAAGUACUGAAUCUAAAUGGGUGUACAAAGACAACAGAUGCUACAUGUACUAGCCUUAGCAAGUUCUGUUCCAAACUCAGGCACCUUGACUUGGCUUCCUGUACAUCAAUAACAAACAUGUCUCUUAAAGCUCUGAGUGAGGGAUGUCCACUGUUGGAGCAGUUGAACAUUUCCUGGUGUGACCAAGUAACCAAGGAUGGCAUUCAAGCAUUAGUGAGAGGCUGUGGGGGUCUCAAGGCCUUAUUCUUAAAAGGCUGCACGCAGCUAGAAGAUGAAGCUCUCAAGUAUAUAGGUGCACACUGUCCUGAACUGGUGACUCUGAAUUUGCAGACUUGCCUGCAAAUCACGGAUGAAGGUCUCAUUACUAUAUGCAGAGGGUGCCAUAAGUUACAAUCCCUUUGUGCCUCUGGCUGCUCCAACAUCACAGAUGCCAUCCUGAAUGCUCUAGGUCAGAACUGCCCACGACUUAGAAUAUUGGAAGUGGCAAGAUGUUCUCAAUUAACAGAUGUGGGCUUUACCACUCUAGCCAGGAAUUGCCAUGAACUUGAAAAGAUGGACCUGGAAGAGUGUGUUCAGAUAACAGAUAGCACAUUAAUCCAACUUUCUAUACACUGUCCUCGACUUCAAGUAUUGAGUCUGUCUCACUGUGAGCUGAUCACAGAUGAUGGAAUUCGUCACCUGGGAAAUGGGGCCUGUGCCCAUGACCAGCUGGAGGUGAUUGAGCUGGACAACUGCCCACUAAUCACAGAUGCAUCCCUGGAGCACUUGAAAAGCUGUCACAGCCUUGAGCGGAUAGAACUGUAUGACUGCCAGCAAAUCACACGGGCUGGAAUCAAGAGACUCAGGACCCAUUUACCCAAUAUUAAAGUCCACGCCUACUUCGCACCUGUCACUCCACCCCCAUCAGUAGGGGGCAGCAGACAGCGCUUCUGCAGAUGCUGCAUCAUCCUAUGACAAUGGAGGUGGUCAACUUUGGUGAACUGAGUAUUUAAUGACACUUCUAGAACUACGGUGGAGUCUCUCCAGUGGAAGCGACCCCAGUGUUCUGGGCAAGGGUUACAAAGUGAGCGGGGGCAGUGUCCAGAUCCCCAGAGCCACACAUACAUACACAUAAACACACUCACCCCUAUCCACUCUAGCUCUGUGACCAUGGGACUGAAGUUUGUGAUGGCUUUUUCAAAUGAUUGGUAAAACUUAACCAUUCCUGUUGAGGUGCCCAGAAGAAAAUCAUAGGCCAAGAUAGAGGGAGGGGCAUUCCAGCAAACCCAGUGUUAUUGCUACUGUGGUUUUAAAAUUUUUGUCUAGGGGUUUCUUUGGGGAUUUUGGAACAUCUGCGUCUGCAUCUGCAGUCCUCCAGGGUCAAGAAAAGCAUGGAAAGACAAUAUAUGAUGUACCCAGGGACCAGAAAGAAAAUUUCUUUGCAUCUUAGAAAUGGUAGACAUUCAUUGUGACUACAGAGCUUCUGUGCUUCCUUGUUUCCAUGCCAACAUGCUGAGCAUGCUCACAAAGAAGGCUCGUCCAUUCCUCCUGUGUUUUAGUAUUUGGCCCAGAGGUUUCCUAAAUGGUUGCAUUGAAAUCACUGUGGUCCAAAUAUAAUUCUUACACACUCAAAUUAUCACUGUCUGUAGCACAUUUGUGCAUGUGUCUUCUGUUCUCUGUUGCUCCCUCCCGCACUCUUGCUCAGUCUGUCACCUGUUCAGUCUGCUUACUCACUCAAUUGUUACUCUUGUCGUGUUUACAGUUUGCAUUUUGAAUGAUUAGUUGGGAUUACCAAACAUUUUUUAAACAGAUAUCAAUAAAUAUUUUUUUAAUUCUAAAUUUUACCAUUAGGGGACCCUGCCUGAAUCUUUGCCAAUCUGGAAGGAAACUAUCACAAAAGCAAGAAAAGUUAUGAGAAGAAAUUGACUAUUUUGAUGAAAACAGAUGUUGCCUUUUGGUUUCUAUUAUAUCUUCUGAUAUAUGAUAAUUUGCAUGAUAUGCCCAAUAUUCCACCCUACACAUUUUUCCUUCUGUCAGACUCCAACUUAAUAAGGAAAGAGAGAGAUGUAUUAUUAGGAAAGAGUGGAAUGAUAAGUCACAAAACCAAGCCUGAAAGUCCCCACCACUGAAGUUCAGACAUUAAUGAUUAGUUACUAGAUAUUUACUGAAAUCUAGGAGUGAUCAGUGGCAUCUCUGACCUAUGUCUGUGAGGUGGUUUUGUUUUAGCUGGAAUGCUACCAGAGGAGCUGUGUAUUCUAGCCAGUCUGUUUCUCUCUUUUUCCCCAUUUCAGCCUUUCAGGAAUACAAGAAUGGCAUUAUAACAGCUGUAAACUGUAUGUCAGUGUUAAUGGAUUAUAUGUUGGCACCCCAAAGGGCCAGAACCUUCCAAGAACCUGUCAGUCAUCUCUCUUUUCUGCUCCAGUCUUUUUUUUUUUUUUUUUUUUUUGAGACAGGGUCUCUCUGUAGCCCAGACUGGAGUGCAGUGGCUUGAUCUUGGCUCGCAGCGACUUCCACCUCCCAGGCUCAAGUGAUUCGCCUGCCUCAGCCUCCCAAGUAGUUGGGAUUAGAGGCACGCAGCACUAUUAGCCGGCUGAUUUUUGUAUUUUUAGUAGAGAUGAGGCUUCACCAUUUUGGCCAGGCUGGUCUUGAACUCCUGACCUCAAAUGAUCCACCUGCCUCAGCCUUCCAAAAUGCUGGCAUUACAGGCGUGAGCCACGGCACCUGGCCCUGCUCCAGACUUCUGAAUGAAGUAUGAAUGUAGCCAGGUGAACCAUUGAGGCAGCUGAAAGAGAACAUUGAGAGGAAGUAGGGGGUUUAGUGUCUCUGCUCAGCCUGGGCACUAGAACUAAGGGAGGAAUUUAAUUCGACUUACAGUCGAAGAAGAAGUAACCUCUCUCCCCCCAAAAAAUCAGAGGAUAAAGGAAGUAAAAUGAGUUUUUAAAGCAUUAGAAGUAAAUUUCUAAACCCCAAGGGUAGAAACCUGAGUGUGAUUUUUAAUAGGGUGAUUUUGGCAGGGGGGUCCUUUAAGACAUUAAUGUACAGUCCAUCAUAAUCUUAGAUAAUCUUCUAUGUGAUCCAGACUAUUAAAAGGCUUAUUUUAUUUAUUUAUUUAUUUUUAUUUUUAUUUUUUUAGAGAUAGGCUCUUGCUACCUUGCCCAGCCUGGACUCAAACUCCUGGGCUCAAGCCUUCCUCCCACUUCAGCCUCCCAAGUAGCUGGGACUACAGGUGUGUGCUAUUGUACCCAGCUUAAGAGAUUUGUUUCAAUGCUGCAGUUGCUGAUUCUACCAGCAUACAUAAGAAUAAAGUCUGAUUUAUUUCUCCAUUGAUUUAGAAGGCUAUUACCCAUCAGUAUUUAGCAUAUUAAAUUUAUUUUAAAUCCUGUUUUAUUGUACCCCUUUAAAAGUGCAAAUUACUUGUUUUAUUUAUUCCUCUCCCCCCUUAAUAUCUUUCAGGUUACCUUAUAAGGAAUAUAACAUGAAACUCAGUUUCCUGGCUGUACCCCUCCACACAUACAAAUACAUACGUGCAUGCACACACACUUCCAGAUGUGGUUGAUAAUAUUCAGAUCCCCAGGUUAUUCAUUCAAACAAAACUAAAGGAGAAAACUAGGGGCCAUCUGCUUUAAAGUUUAAGAUGUUUUCUUUGUUGUUGUUUUUUUAGUGUCUGUACAAAUUGACCAAAAAACCCAGAUUGAUUACUGAAUGUGGAUUUGAAUUGCCUACGUUGAGGCCAUAAGUACUUCUUUACUUAAGUUUAAAAGACCCUAUUCAUCAGGUCAUGAAGAUCUUGGAAAUGGUGUUUCUCUACUCAAAGGGUAUACCUAUAGGCAGGUCCAUGGGGACUUGCUCUGGUGAUCCCUGCUAUUAAGGCAAAUUCCAGCCUGUCUGGGCCAAGAAUAGUCAAGUAAGAGAGAACGAAGACUCAGGGGUGUGCAGCACUGGCUUCUAUUUUGUCAGGCAGAAGUCUUACUCCUUUCGGAAGAAAACUUCAGGCUCAUCAAGCUUGGAAGGAAAUGCAGUUUUAUGCUAAUUUGCAGCCUAUGCCAGCUGAUGAAUAUGCUAGGACUUUGAGAAUACAGAGCAUGGUAAGUUUUGGUCGGGUGGAAAGGAGCCUGACAUAUGAACAUAAUGCUGCUUCUCUCAACAUCUGGGAUACCUGUGAAAAUUAAGUAAGGAUUAAUGUAGGAAAAAUUCUCUACAGGAAAAGCUAAUUGGUCUGUUUAUUCAUAGCCACUCCAAAGCAUGCCUUUUAUAAUGAAAAAAAAAAAACAGUGAACAGAGAGAAGAGAUUUGGGGGUAAGUUAGAAGGUACCCUCAAAGCUACUGUGCUAAACCUACAGAUGGGCAAGAAGGAAUUAUGGUAGUGUCUCUGGAGAAAGUUCUGGAACAUCCAGAUCAUCUCUUUUCUAAGCAGUUUUCCCCUAUUUCAUCCCUUACAUUUUCCAGCAUCAUUUGCUACAUAAGUGUCUUUUCAUCCUCCAUCAGCUCCAUUGAGCUGACUCCAGCUUAUUUUUGCACUGAUUUUUAACAUUUCCUUCCCACACCCAUCCUUUCCCUCUAUUUAAAGCCUCCAUCUCACCCUCAAUAAUGCUGCUGAUGUACUCUCACAUGUCUCCAGUCUAGCUUCCUCUUUGAAUUCCUCUCCUACUCCAGGUGCUGUCGUGGGCAGCCUUAAGUUCAAUACCUGUCAGGUGGCUCAGGCCAUUUUUCAUUAGGUGGUCUUUGGUGUUUGCAUACUGAAUUUGAACUGAGUUGAAAAGGAAACUGUUGGAUAUGACAUAUUACAGGGAAACCUGGUAAAUUUAUGAUGCUUUAUUUUGGGCUUUCCAGACUAUUUAUGCUUCAGUAUCCACAGUCUUUUAUUUCAUGUAAUUGCCUUGUAAAAUACAUUGUUAUGGCUGGGUGUGCUAGCUCACGCCUGUAUCCCAGCACUUUGGGAGGCUGAGGCAGGUGGAUCACAAGGUCAGGAGUUCGAGACCAUCCUGGCCAAGAUGGUGAAACCCCCGUCUCUACUAAAAAUAGAAAAAUUAGCCAGGCGUGGUGGUAGGCACCUGUAAUCCCAUCUACUCGGGAGGCUGAGUUAGGAGAAUCACUUGAACCCGGGAGGCGGAGGUUGCAGUGAGCCAAGAUGGUGCCACUGUACUCCACCCUGGACAACAGAGCGAGACUCCAUCUCAAAAAAAAAAAAAAGUGCAUUUUUACUAGUUUGAUAGCUCACUAAUGCCAAGGGGGACUAAAGAAAAUAUGAUGAAACUUGUCUUGAAGUUGAUAGAAAGUGCAAGAGUGAGGCUGGGCACCGUGGCUCACACCUGUCAUCCCAGCACUUUGGGAGGCCAAGGCUGGUGGAUCACAAGGUCGGGAGUUCAAGACUAGUCUGACCAAUACAGUAAAACUCUGUCUCUACUAAAAGUACAAAAAUUAGCCGGGUGUGGUGGUGCACACCUUUAGUCCCAGCUACUCAGGAGGUUUAAGGCAUGAGAAUAUCUUGAACCCGUGAGGCCGAGGUUGCAGUGAGCCGAGAUCACACCGCUGCACUCCAGCCUGGGCGAUAGAGUGAGACUCCAUCUCAGAAAAAAAAAAGUGCAAGUGUGUGACUGGAAAGAAGACAGGACAGUAAGCGUCCUUCUGCCUGUGUAGUCAGCAUGUCCUUAAUUGAUCAUGUUAUUGGGAGAAGAGCACUCAUGGGUCAUGGUUGACCCUUGGCCAUUUUAUGUUUAUUGUGCUGAAAGUCACAGACUGUUCAUGCCAGUUGCUACCAGUGAGAGGAGGGAUUUAAAGGAAAUUGCUCUGUUCUGCCUUUUCCCUCCUUAUGUAUGUGAUUUAAGGGUAAGCUUUUAUCCUGGUUGUAUCCCCAGCUGACAGAAUCUCUCAGUCAUAUGUUUGAGCUCUAAAACAUUUUACAAAAAGAUUGCCUAUCUGCCUACCAAUUCUAGGAUCUUUAGUCACCUCAAACCCAGGCACUGUGAAUUAGCCAAAUCCUGUUUGAGAAGAAAUGUAGGAUGUUUGGUUGGAGUUCUUCAGACAGAACCUCUCUCCCCAUUAAUGAUAUUAGAGCAAAGAAUUCUAAAGCAGUAGGAGGAUAGGGGGUAAAAUGGAGUCCCAGGCUUUCCUUGCCUUUAUUUCUAUCAUAAUUUUUUUUUUUGAGAUGGAGUCUUGCUUUCACCCAGGCUAGAGUGCCAUGGCACAAACUUGGCUCACUGCAACCUCGGCCUCCUGGGUUCAAGUGAUUCUUCUGCUUCAGCCUCCCAAGAAACUGGGAUUACAGGUGCCCACCACCAGCCCAGCUAGGGGUUUUUUUUUUGAGAUGGAGUCUUGCUCUGUCGCCAGGCUGGAGUGCAGUGACACUAUCUUGGCUCACUGCAACCUCUGCCUCCUGGGUUCAAGUGAUUCUUCUGCCUCAGCCUCCCGAGUAGCUGGGACCACAGGCGCGUGCCACCACACCCAGCUAACUUUGGAUUUUUUUUUUUUUUUUUUUUUUUUUAAGUAGAGACGGGAUUUCACCGUGUUGGCUAGGAUGGUCUUGAUCCCCUGACCUCAUGAUCUUCUCACCUCCGCCUCCCAAAGUGCUGGGAUUACAGGCAUGAGCCACCAUGCCUGGCCUAAUUUUUGUAUUUUUAGGAGAGACAGGGUUUUGCCAUGUUGACCAGGCUGGUCUCGAACUUCUGACCUGAAGUGUUCCACUUCCCUCAGCCUCCCAAAUUGCUGGGAUUACAGGCAUGAGCCACUGUGGCUGGCCAAUUUCUAUCAUAAAUUUUAAAUGUAAGAUUGGAAGAUGCAGAGAGCUGUAUAAAACCAUGUCAGUAAGGUAAUGAUUAACCCAGGUAGUUUAGGAAUAAAAUUGGGCUGUAUCUGUCAGGUGUGGUGGCUCACGCCUGUAAUCCUAGCACUUUGGGAGACCAAGGCAGGCAGAUCAUAAGGUCAGGAGAUUGAGACCACCCUGGCUAACAUGGUGAAACCCCAUGUCUACUAAAAAUACAAAAAAUUAGCCAGGUGUGGUGGCAUGGGAUUACAGGUGCACACCAUUACCACCUGACUAAUUUUUGUAUUUUUAGUAGAGAUGGGGUUUCAACCAUAUUGGUCAGUCUGGUCUCGAACUCCCAACCUCAGGUGGUCUGCCCGCCUCAGCUUCCCAAAGUGCUGGGAUUCCAGGCAUGAGCCACCACACCCGGCCCAGGAUAAACUUUCUACCUGCCUGAAAGUACCAUAUGAGGCAAGUGAGUUUCUUGCAUGAAGGAUUUCUGCAGCUUUCCCCUCAAGUCACAUCUGUUGUACCUAUUUUUAUUUUUAGAAACAUCAAUUCAGUGUCUCUGAAGCCUUUGAACUUUACUCAGUAUAUAACCCCUCAGGUGAGAUUGAGUGGAUCUUUGGACCCCAAGAGAGUUAAUUUUGGGGAGGAAAAUUAAUUAGAGCAAGCUCCCCUGUGGGAUGUUAAGAGAAAGUCCAUAUGCACAUCUUCCACCUCUGCCUUAUGUUUUUUAAUAAGUGCUUGUGAGGUUCAGUUUGCAGAUGUUGAGUCUCAGUGCUUCCUCAGCCAGGGUGGUUUAUUGCCCUUUUAUGAAGAAGAACUAUAAGCAAGUAAAGUCCUAUCAAUAGUCUUUAAUGUUUUGUGUUUUAUAGUCUUAUUUUGAAGAAUCAGCAUGGGAAAAUGAUAGAUGAGGUUCAAAUAAAGGAGAGAAUUAGCUCUAGAAUUGGGGUACUUUGCCUCAGGUACAGCAUCUGUCCUGAAUACAUAGUGACGACUGCCUCACACAUGGGUACAUUUACUUUCCUUUUUGGUGAAUUCCACCCCUUUUUACUGGCAAAGAGGGCUCCUAGUUUCUACACACUUAACCGGUCAUACAGAUGGGUUUUGGCACCACCAUCAGAACCACAAGUGCAUCCAGCUGCAUCUGGGUGUGGUUUUGGUACUAGGACGAGAGAGAUGAGCAGUAAAUGACAAUCCGUACUCUAGGAAGAAAUGGGAAAAGAGGUGUCCAGACACAUUUACCUUUUCUCUUCUGCCCUGUCCCAAGAACCAAGGAUCAUCUUUGAAGUGUGAUGUCUUUUUUGUUAAAUUGGAAGAAAACUGCUUCACUAAAUUUCUCUUGUCAUUAUCUCAUUAAUUCAGAUCUGUACCACAUUGCUGUCCCCCACACGUAUAUGUUUCUUACCUUAGCCUCAGCCUUCUCAGCCCUUGAAGUCAUUAUUCUACUUUCCUCCUCCCCCGCCUCCCUGUUUUUAUGGCACUAGAGAAUGAAAACCUAAGGUCUUAGAAAAUCUUAACUUGAAAAAGUCUCUAACUGGCAUGGUUUGACUAAUUACUUUUUUACCCCCUAUGGACAGACAAUUUUCUUUCCUAGUGCUAUAUAAUAGAUUUUUAAUAAGUGAAACCUUUGCUGCUGCUUUCUCGGGUUUACAUUACUUUUUUCCUUCCCUUAAGAAUAAUUUAUCUGUGCUUCUCUGAUGACUGUUCAUUUCUGAUAGUGCAGGAAGAGAUGAACUUGAUUUCUUCUCACUCCCCUCCCCACUCCACUUCCAAAUUACACACUAAUUUAUAACUCCUAAAGCCUGUUGGCACCUACACAAGAUCCAUGAGACCAUUUUCCUCAGAAGCUACCCCUGUCCUUUCUCACCAUGCUGUGGCUCUUAGAGCCCCGAGUGUCUGUGACUACCCACUCCAAAGGGUGACUGUAAGAGGAGAGAGGCCUUUUUAUAAUUUUGCAUUUCUUAAUUUUGUUUUUCUCCAUUCCUACUUUAUGACUUGGCCUUCAGAUGCUUCCUACCCUGGCCUCUUCCUUUUUCCUCCCAGGAAUUGUUUCCAGGUAACCUGCCGUGUGCACUUCUCAGCUGCUCUGCUCACCUUUGCCCACCUUCCAGUGACCCUGAGAGCACAGAUCCAAAUAAUGUGGCCUGUGCAGAGCUCAGAGAACUGUGAGGACUACCCAUGCCUGUCGGACUCUGCUCAGGGACAGAGAUGGAUGGUAAAUGGUGCUGUUGGAGACAUUUUUAUCUUCAAACCAGGCUCUGUUUCAUCCCUGCACCCCACACCCCCCAUCCACUCCUCUGAGGGGGUAAAAUGCAGAGGUGGUUGGCUGCAGGGUCUAAUCCCCUCCUUCCCCAGCUGUGGGGCCUACCCUGGAGUGCUGCAAUGUGUGGGGGCUGCUCCUUGCUUGUUUCUCCACCAGGCCUGUUCCAAAUGCUUAGCCAAUCUCUGGAGCUGACAGUUGCCUAUGGGGUAACUUAGCAUCAGGUUCCAUUAGCUCUCCAAGUGACUGUUUCCACCCAGUACUUUUGGCACUUGAGGAUGGGGAGGGGUGUUAUUUAAAAUAAAUAAAAUCCGAGGUGGCAGUAGAGGAUUCCUUUUGCUUUAAAAAUCUUUGGACUAAAAAUAAAUAAGUUUUUUAUAUAUAAAUAUAUAAAUUGUUAUGUAACUAUUGUUUCCUGUAUGUUCUAAUUUUGUUUUAUGAUGUAAUUAAAGAAAAUAAGCUGUGAA